AUGAAUAUAUUGUUACUACUAGUGGUAAAUUUCGUUUAUAUUUUUGCGCAUGAAAAAGAGGCCAAUAUUAAUUUGAUACCAAACGAUAUUGUCUGCCCAUUUUGCAUUGAAUUAAUUAAAAAAUUUCAACAAACCACUCUGCAGAACCCGGAUUACAAAAAAGUUCUAUGUCGAUCAAUUUCGGCAAACAGUCGUAAAAACUACCAUUUUUGCAUUGAAUCAUUCAAUGAGACGACGGUGGAAAAAUUAAAAACAUUAAGUGCUGUGGAUAUAUGUAAAAAUCAGAAGCUUUGUCCAAUUCACUAUAAAGAAGUAUUAUUAGUGGCGAGUACCGACAAAAUCGAUCUUCCAACUAUACCGGCUUUAACGGAUGCGGAAUUGAAGAAUGCCAAAAAAUAUCAUGUUCUCAAAACUGUUGGUGAUAUUUUGGCUGGAAAUGGACAAACUUCAAAUAGAAUGAAUUCGACACUUCAUAUUAAUAUGCAAUUUCGAAAACCUCCUCAACCUGAUGAAAUGGCAAUAUCAGAAGACCAAACAACUAGUGGAUUCAAAUAG